ACCAGCCAACUACCAGGCUUUCUCUAUCAACUCUACCUCAAAUUAUUGAAACUUUCAAAAUACUUAUAAAUGCUAUUGAGAUUCAAGCAACUAGUUCAGAAAAUACAAGACUGCGUGAAGUGCAAGCACUGAAUAUUAAAUUAUCUGAAGCAAAUGAAAAGUUUCAGAAAGUUCAAGAUGAGAAAAACGCUGCUGAGAAGAGAUCUGAUGUUUAUAAGAGAAAGUUUCUGGACGCUCAAAAUGCCAUCAAGGAACUACAUGAGAAAAAUAUGCAACUCUCAAGUCAAAAAAUUUUGAACAAAAAAUAUUCAGGAAAGUUUCCAUUUUCAACAUUUCGGGACAAAAGUGAGUUUUCACCUAAGACACAAAAGAUAAUUCUUGCUCCUGAUACAUGUUUUGCCGAAGUUGAAUCUUAUGAUGUUACAUAUAUAAGUAGUGAUGAUGACGACUUCCAGCAGGAAUCUAAAAGAAACAGUAAAUCUCCAAAAAUGGAAAAAGUAGAAACUCCUAUUCCUGCAAAAAAAUCUGUCGCUGAAAGUUUUUUUGCGAAGCCAAUAAAGUCACCUGUGCGAAACAUAGGAAAAAAGAGAAAACAACCUGUGACCCCGGUUUUAGACUCUGAUAUGGAUGAAACUAGAUUGGAUAUUGAAGAAAAGAUGGAAACAACUAUAGACUUUGGUGCUCCAUUGAAGCAUACAAAUGUCCUGACAGAUUCAGAGAUUUUAGAAGUAUGCAAAGACCCCGAUUCCAUUCCACCAUCUCCAAUAUUAUCUGCUAAAAAACAAAAGCGUUAUGUAUCUGGUUUACAUUGUGGAUCAAAUGAAAGUUCGGUAAAACUAUCUGGAUCAUUGAAAGAAGUAAAAAUUGAAAAAACUUCAAAUUUUCCCAAGAUUCACAUUUCCAGUAUUAAAAAGAAGUCUGUUAAUGAAGCAGAUGGGUUUGGUGAUUCAGAAAAAUGGAAACAAGAAAAUCCAAUAUUGGACAGAUUGCCAUUGCAUCGUCUUCGACAAACAACACCAACACAGCAUGAUCCUGGGAACACAAGCCUUGAUGAACUAUUUGAUAAAACAUAUGGAGAUUUGGAAACAACCGCAAUGUUGAAUAAUACUACCUCUCAUGACAAUGCUAAUGCCUCUAAUUAUGAUGAAACAAAUUUAAAUGAAGAAGAUGAGGAAGAAUUGGAUUCUCUACUCUUGGAGGGAUUGCCUGAAGAGGCUGUUGCUCCUCCAUCUCAGAAUAUUGUGCUAUCUAAAAGCAGGGAUGAAUUUCAAACAAAUAAAUCUCCGAAAAAUGAAUCGGUUUGUAAAAUUCCGAGACCACUGCUUGAUGACAGUUUUGAUGUUCUGCCAAGCAAAAACAAAGGAAGAGAUUUUAAAUACCAAGAAGUUGUUCGGAAAAGAGAUGAAAGAGAAAAACUUGAUGGUAAAGCAUGUGCUCAGUGUGAAGCCUAUUAUGGAAAUCUGCCUGAAAAUGAAAGAAGAGAAAUAAUGAAGAAGGUAUGCAGACACAAACAUGUAGAUGCUCCGCCUUCUACUCCUGAACAUUUUUGGGAAGUUGGCAUUCCUGGAACUGCGGAAUGCAGAAGAAGAGGCUAUAUUGUUGAUGAAACCAAUCUCCCAACCAAAUCAAGGCAACAGAACCAAGAAUCAUCGAGAUUAAGAAGAAAGAAACCAUUAGAACCAUAUUUUAGUUCAAAUAAAAGAUAAGGGAGUGACUUACAUAGCCAGAUACCAUUCUUAUUUUGAUUUUUAAGAUUUGUCCUUAUUUUUGAAUACACAGGCGAUGUUGACUAUCAAAUUGGAUAGUGCUAUAUUUAUAGUGGUAUAGGAUGUUGUAGAUGUUAGUUCAUGUUUGUGUCUAUGUGCUACUUUUGUUUGAUAGCUAACAGAUUGUGUGAGAAGCCUUAUUUUUGGUUUCGAACUGAUGGAAAUUCAAAUAGCAAACUUGCCUAUCUUAAUACUAGAUGCACUGUCACACAUUAUCAAAUAAAUUAAUAUUUUCUUAUAGAUACCCUAUGCUUUUGUAUUGAUAUCAAAGAUGAUUUAAUAUUGUUCGUUUUUGAUCGCAAGUUUUGAUAGAUGUUUCUGCCAUUUUUAAUUAUUAUUAUGCAAAAUAUAACUUACCAUAAGCUGCAAAA